CUGAGGGAGAACUCAAAGAUCUUACAAGAUUUUAUGUUCAGAUGUGCAUUUUAAGUGCUGAAAAAAAUGAUGAAGCUUUAACAAUAGGAACGUUACGUUAUCUUGCUUCACCAAGUCUAACUAUUAAUGUAAUAAAG